UUUAAUACGAAAUUGAUGAUUUUUCAGCUUCAAAAAUUUCGGGAUGAACUUAGAAACCGUUCCCAAGUCCUAAAGAAGCUGGGUCACAUAGAUGCUGAUGGUGUUGUGCAGUUGAAGGGCCGAGCAGCCUGCUUGAUAGACACUGGGGAUGAACUUCUUGUGACUGAACUGAUGUGUAAUGGUAUGUUCAAUAAUCUUGAUCAUCAUCAAACUGCAGCUCUGGCAAGUUGCUUUAUCCCAGGGGACAAAUCAAAUGAACAAAUAAAUUUAAGAGCUGAGCUUACUGGACCAUUGCAACAACUACAAGAUAAUGCAAGAAGAAUAGCAGAGAUUCAACGUGAAUGCAAGUUGGAGAUAAACGUUGAAGAAUAUGUUGAAGCAUCAGUACGACCAUUCUUGAUGGAUGUCAUCUAUUGUUGGUCAAAGGGAGCGUCUUUCGCGGAGGUUAUACAAAUGACCGAUAUCUUUGAAGGUAGCAUCAUUCGGCUGGUACGACGGCUUGAUGAAUUUUUGAACCAGUUGAAAGCUGCUGCACAUGCUGUGGGAGAUGUGGCUUUGGAGAACAAGUUUGGUGCAGCCAGUGAAAGCCUCCGACGAGGAAUAAUGUUUGCAAAUUCUCUGUACCUCUAGGAGCGUGUACUUGGGAGCUUCAUUAGCAUUAGAUUAAGUGCUGUGUAAAUUUUUCCCAAUUGACAUGGAGAUUAGCUAGCAAAUUCUUCAUUUUGUUGGGUUUUUUCCCUUUUAGAUAAAUUGACGGAGCUUCUUACUGUUUGAGGAGAGCAAAUGUGUAGCGGAAGUGGGGUUUCCUAGUCGUAGCUUUUUGUAGUUAAGUGGCAUGAAUUUGCUGUCAUAUUUUUGUAAUACACAUGAAAAUUUUGAUGCUGGAAGGCAAAAUAUUUAACCUGAAAA